AUGGUAGCCCUGGCAAAUCGCAAUCGAUCGGCCACGCCUCGAAAGCCGGCUUCGACCUUUCAGACGAGCAAGAAGCCCGCAAAACCAAACGCGAGCAUCCUCAAUUUCUUCCAAAAGACGGAAAAGCAAGAAGACUCCUUGUUCGUGGGCACUCUUCCGGAACCCAUCCCGGCAGCCACUGUCGCCACCGAAAACGACGUCGACCAAGAUGCAUUUAGUCGUACGGGCGAGGAUGGCGCCGGUGGCCUGGAGUCCCCGAAUAAGAGGCGGAGGGUGGCCGAAAACACACACGUGGCUGUAUCAGUUACUCCAACUGAGCCUGUGCAGGCUUCAGCUGCGCAUCCACCAAAGACGAAGAAGACAAUAUUGCCAUUCAUCAUAGACUCGGAUGACGAAGAUGAUCAAGACGAUGAGCCAAGUAUAUCUUCUCCUACGAGAACUCCCCACCAAAUAGCGAAUCCGGAUGACGAAAAGGCGAAUGUGCAACAGGCUUCCGCCAAGGUUGAGCCCGUUAGCGAAACCCCUAGUAUGGAAGCCGGUCAGCAAUUCGCAAAAGACAUUCCGAGCCUCAAACAUGAAGCGACAAGUGGCAAAUUCAAUAGUGCCGAUGAGUUUGGCGAGUUGGACGACAUAGACAUGGACUCCUUUGAAGGCGACGAAAUGCGCGAGUGGCGCUUUAUGAAGGAGCAGGCUCGUCUAGAAGCUGAAGAGUCUGGUGAUAUGACUCUGUUCAACGAGACCUUUGGGGAGGAUCCGUUCCAGGAAGAUGCCGCGGCCCAGUCUUGUCCUAUUUGCUCAGGCAGCCUUACAGGUAUAUCCGAAGACGAAGCGACGAAACACGUCAAUGCCUGCCUUGACGGCAAUCCGAUGCCGCUGCCGCAGCCUGCUGAACAAGCAAAGUCACCCGCCAAAGCUGAAGAAGUAGAGGUGGCCGAGGUUGGCAAGCGCUUCAUGCGAGCUGCGAUUCCUCGGCCUGGUCAGGCCAAUCCCUUUGACCUGACGGGACAGAAACCCGGUGCCAAGUCUGCAUUCUCUCAGCUAAUGUCGAGCAACGCGGAGGAUACAGCUUGGUCAACAGCCGCUGCCGCUGAAACUGCCUCGCGGGGUAGACCGGCCUACAUGAGAACGUGUCCUUUCUACAAGAUUAUGCCAGGCUUCUCCAUCUGCGUCGAUGCAUUUCGGUACGGGGCUGUCGAGGGCUGCCAAGCAUACUUUCUCAGUCAUUUCCAUAGCGACCACUAUAUUGGCUUGACCGCAAACUGGACACACGGUCCUAUCUAUUGCAGCAAAGUCACUGGCAGUUUGGUGCGGAAUCAGCUGCGCACGGCUGCAAAAUGGGUCGUCGAGUUGGAAUUCGACAAGGAGUAUGACGUUCCUGGUACGGAUGGUGCAAAAGUGACAAUGAUCUCGGCAAAUCACUGUCCAGGGAGCUCCUUGUUUGUGUUUGAAAAGGUUGUUGGCGAGCGGCACAACAAGAAUCUGAAGCGCAUUCUUCACUGCGGUGAUUUCAGAGCAUGCCCAGAUCAUGUGCAGCAUCCACUUCUACGGCCCGACGUAGCAGAUGCUGUCUCUGGCAAACUCAAACGGCAAAAGAUUGACAUAUGCUACCUUGACACCACGUAUCUCAAUCCUCGAUACUCUUUCCCUCCACAGAAUGAUGUCAUACAAGCAUGCGCUGAUUUGGUCGUCAAAAUCUCACCAGAUCCCAACUGCAAGGACGACGCCUGGGAUACUGCCAAGAAAGAAGUUGGCAAGUCUGUCAGCCAGUAUUUUCAAAACCCAACCACAACAGGGGUGGAGAAGCCUGAAACAAAGAAAAAGCUUGGCCAGCGUUUGCUGAUAAUAUGCGGAACCUACUCCAUUGGAAAAGAACGCAUCUGCGUUGCUAUUGCCAAGGCGCUGCGUACCAAGAUCUUUGCCUCGCCGUCGAAGAUCAAAAUCUGCAAGCAGCUGGGAGAUCCGGAGCUGGCAGCUCUCUUGACAUCAAACCCGAUCGAGGCGCAGGUCCACAUGCAGAUGCUCAUGGAGAUUCGCGCCGAAACGUUGCAGGAGUACCUCAACAGCUACAAGCCGCAUUUCAGCCGCAUCGUGGGAUUCCGUCCCUCUGGCUGGAACUUUCGCCCCACAAACACCAAGAGCGUGGGAGCCAACACCCCCCCCUCUACGAUCCCGACGCACCAGCUUCUCCACGGCAAAGGCUGGCGGACGCGCUUCGGCGCUGCCGACUUUGUGCCGCAGAGGGGCAGCACAAAGGAGGCCAUGUGCUUUGGCGUGCCGUACUCGGAGCACAGCAGCUUUCGGGAGCUGGCGCUGUUCCUGAUGAGCUUGCGGAUCGAAAAGGUCAUACCGACGGUGAAUGUCGGCAGCGAGCAGUCGAGAAAGAGGAUGAAGGCGUGGGUCGAUAGAUGGCUGACGGAAAGACGCAAGGGUGGCCUGGUUCAGCCACUGAUAGAGGGUCACGAUGAUCCAGACAACCUCAAUGUGACGUUGUGGGAUGGAAAAUCAAGCAACGGUGGCGGUGCUUGGUGGUGA